AUGAAGAACAGCAGCAGCACCAACAGCAACUUCAGUAGCAGUAGCAGCAACUGCAGCAGCAACAACGGCAGCAGCAACAACGGCAGCAGCAACAACUGCAGCAGCAACAACUGCAGCAGCAACAAGGGCAGCAGCAACAACGGCAGCAGCUGCGGUAAGAUCCUAAGAAGGGGAGAUGUUUGCGGAGUUCCUCCACCGCUAACUAGAUCCUACGAAAAGUUCCUGUUGAGCAAUCCGAUAGGUCUCGAGGAGGUUGUUGACGAACUGUUCGUUGACGAAGUGCCAGUUGAUGACUUUCCAGAAGUUUUCGAAGUAAAGACUUUUGUCUUGCUGCGUGUCCAACCUGCAGCAGCAGCAGCAGCAGCAGCAGCAGCAGCAGCGGCAGCAGCAGCGGCAGCAGCAGCAGCAGCGGCGGCGGCAGCGGAGCAGCGAGAAUUAAGGCAAAGGGGCAGUUGCGGCUGUGGAAGCAGCAGCAGCAGUAACCGCAACAAAGGCAGCAGCAGCAGCAGCAGCAGCGGCAGCAGCAAAGGCGGCAGCAGCAGCAGCAGCAGCAGCAGCAGCAGCAGCAGCAGCACCUGGUUGUAG